AUGAUAUCUUUCAAAAUGUGCCUUGGAUCUUCAAAUCGCAAAGUUAUGCUUGAUAACGUGCAGUCUCUGAGCAUGCUCUUUACCAUUCAAGUUGGGUCACUAAACUUUGGCAGAGGUGUGUUCGAUAAAGUCAGUGCGCGAUUCUUUGUGGCAACCCAUGUGUGUGACAUUUCAAAUGGUACCCUAGAGUACUAUUUUUCCAUGCCGGAUUGGAUUUCUGAUCUUCAGGAAUUCGGGCUCUCAGAUAUCAACAUUUCCAUCAUCUUGAAUGGUCAAGUAACAUCGCAGGAAUGUACACAACGAGUUGUACUGGAACGAUCAGUUUAUGUGCAAGUUUUUUGGAUGUUGUGUACGCUAGACAGUCUGGUGGAACUGAAUGUAGAGUUUCCUGGACAAGUGGGCAUUCGGGACAAAGGAGAUGUUGCUGAAGCAAACGUUAGCUGA